AUGCAAGUUCUUUGGAGCUUUUGGGGUUAUCACUCCUUAUUAGUUUUUCUGCACGUCGGUUUAACAGCUUGUCAAGCUACUGGCUUUGAUAUUGGCACGUUCCAGCAACCCUCCAUCCAUUCUCGGCCCAAGUUUAGAUACUGGCUUCCCGAUGCAUCAGUAGAUGCUGCGCAAGUCAAGGCCGACAUUGCGUCGGCCAUAUCCAUAGGUGCUGGCGGUGUCGAGUUGGUUCCAUACUACAACUAUGGCGGAACCUUUGGCAGUGCUCCUGCCGGAGUGAACUGGACAGAAACUGGAUUCGGCACGCCGUCUUUCAGACGCGUACUAAAAGCUGCACUAGAGUCUCACAAGGAGACGGGUGCUCUUAUGGACUUUGCUCUAGGGCCAAAUCAGGGUCAAGGAGUUCCUGCUCAGGCAUCUGACGAGGGACUGCAAUGGGAUUUGGUGCCGUUUUCAGACAUGCUUCCGCAAAACGGUGUUUAUAACCAAGUCCUUCCGGGCUGGGGUUCUGGCAAACUUAUUGCUGCAGUGACAGCCCGUGUGGUUUUUAACGAGACACGCACAGCCGACAAUGAUCACAUGAGCGGAAGUCCCGUGAACGCUACCUGGUCCUUUCUCGUGCUGGACAACCAAGAGCUGAAGGAAGUCACUUCUGAGAUUUCGAAAUCUACGGGGCAUGCCAACUUGACACUUCCCUCCACUAAUGGCAGCGACUACUAUCGAAUAUUCGCCUUCUAUGAAACGAAACCUCUGCACAAGAACCUGGAGUACAGCUCCGGUCUCAACUCAUCCAUAUGGGACAAUGGGUCAUACGUUGUAGACCACUUCAGCGCUCGAGGGGCUCAGGUGACCAUUGACUUUUGGGAGAAAAAUAUUCUGGUAGACGAUCUGAAGGGUCUGGUGAAGGAAGCAGGCAAUCUUGUCUGGGAAGACAGCAAUGAAGUACCCUCACAUAUCAACUGGACGCCAUCUAUUCCUGAUCAGUUCUAUGCCAGAUAUCAGUACUCGUUGACAAAGUAUCUUCCUCUUUUAAUCUUUCGUCAAAACAACCUUCUGCAACAACGAGAAGCUCCUGGGGAGUUCCAGUGUGUUCUCAAUACCGAAGACCAAGGCAGAGGAUUCAUCAAUGACUACCGUAGUGUCCUCGAAGAUGACUACAACGAAUACCUACGUACUCUGGCCAACUGGGCGAACAACGAACUUGGCCUCAAAUUCUCAACGCAACCGACGUACAACCUGCCUAUGGAUAUGGCCGCUGCUAUCCCUCUUGUUGACGUCCCUGAGGGUGAGACUUUUAGUCAGAUGGAUAUCAUUGAUUCGUAUCGUGAGUUCACCGGCCCUGCUUUCCUCUCUGGGAAGAGAAUUCUCAGCAGCGAAAUGGGGGCAAAGCCUACAAAAGCGUACUCGUACACUUUGUCGGACCUCUUGUUCUCAAUGAAUCGGGCAUUCGUCGGAGGUGUCAAUCAGCUUGUGCUCCACGGCCAGACGUAUAGUGGCAAGUAUCCCCAGACGACAUGGCCUGGUUAUACCACCUUCUCGUACUUGUUCUCAGAGGUGUACUCUCCAAAGCAGCCCUCGUGGAACUUGACUCUUCCAGAUGUGCUAUCAUAUGCCGCAAGGGCGCAGUGGGUACUUCAACAUGGUGUGCCGCGAACAGACGUUGUUAUUCUCCGUAGCCAUGUGGCUACCGACUGGACUUGGAGGACUAUCUACAACCACACAGAUCUCGAGGACAAUGGUUGGACUUAUAAUUAUAUCUCGCCCAGCAAUUUUGGCCUCCCACAGGCCUUCGCCAAGGACGGUAUUCUCUCUCCAGACACCUUGGCGUGGAAAGCCAUCGUUAUCGAAAGCAAGGAGAAUUUUACCACCGCCGAAAUUACUCAUGUGCAACAGUUUGCACAAGCCGGCGUCUCAGUCAUCCUCAGCGGUGGUCUCCCUGGACUGUACACCUCUGGGAACCAAACCUUUGAUAACCAAUUCAUAAACGAGAUGAAGACUCUGAUUGCGCUGGAGACUGUUCAUCAAGUUGAAUCGAACAAAGUAUCCGAGAAAUUAUAUGAGCUUGGGCUGAGUCCACGAAUCCAGGCCAUUUCAAGCACCAAAAUCUACACACUCUGGAGGGAAGAUGCUGAAACCAACAGGGAUUUUGCCUUCAUUCUCAACGAUUCUCUUAACGAUACCGUAGGGGAACUGGUAGUGGCCACGGGCAAGACGCCUUACUGGCUGGAUCUAUGGUCCGGCGAGGAAAAACCCGUUCUGACGUAUCAAGUCACUAAUGGCAAAACAAAAAUCCCACUGCGGCUUCGGGCUAACCAGACUGCCCUGCUGGCUUUCGGUCCACCAGGUUCGGUCAAUGCAAGCGUCCCAACCUGUCAUCUGAACUCGACAUCCGAGGACAUCCUCGGCUAUAGAUUUACUACGCCCGAUACGAUCAGCCUUCAUCUCAACCAUGUCAGUGAAGUAACGACCUCGGAUGGAAAGACUCUUCAGGUUGGCCGCUGCGGCGUUCGGCCACCCAUCGAGCUGCGCAACUGGACACUCUCUGUGGAACACUGGGAGAAGCCCGCAGACAUUUAUGAUUCCGGGGCCGAGCCUUUAAAGCGUAACACCACACAGCCUCUCCCAAUAUUGACUUCAUGGUCGGAUAUACCAGCAUUGGUCAAUGUUUCUGGCGUAGGUCACUAUGCCACGACCUUUUCUUGGCAAGGAUCUCAAGGAGAAAAUUCCACGUCGGGAGCUUACAUACGACUCCCACAUGUCCUGCACGGAGCCAGAGUAUUGGUAAACGGGUACACAGUCCCGACAGCUGAUUAUUAUGGGGAGCAGCGCGAUAUCACUUCACUUCUCACAGAAGGGGACAACGAGGUUCUGAUCUCGACCCCGAGCACAAUGUGGAACUACCUAAGCACAUUUUAUGGCGAAAUCGAGAUGUCUGGGGGCAAGCCAUUUCUGAACCCGGCUGCCGCUCCAAAAACAAGCAACGGACUUGUCGGGGAUGUGGCUAUUGUACCGUUCCGGGAGGAGCUUGUACAAUGUGGAAGCACAUGA